ACGCGGAAGGUCAAAUGGGAACAGAUGAAGCUGGUGAUGGAGCUGGCCCUGACACUGUGGAGAGUGGCCAAAGUGUACCUGUUGUUGCUGGUGCCGGAGAUACCAACAUUUGUGGUGGUAUUGUUCAGUUGUAUUGGGAAAGGAUUCUGGGACGAAGCUUAGAUUUAAAUGGCCAAGUUCGUCAAAUUGCCCUCAAGGCCAUAGUAAGCUUGUGGGUUGGUGCUGUGAUUAGUAGCUGGUGCAAUUUCAUAACUGUCUUGUAUGUUGGUCAUUUUCUACUAGAGGAGGAUGAUAAGUUUCUAGAUAAGGUUUGAGCUACAGUUCAGGAAGAGGAAUGUCAAGCCCUUGCUGCAUUUAGUGCCUGUUUCCAAUAUUAAUAAUUGUUUGAAGAAGCAUUUUCGAGACCUUUAAAAUGUCGUGAUUUUUGAAUUUAUAUAAUUCUGUUUGGUUGCAGUUAAUUUUACAAGCGUGUUUUCAUUGUUGGUGGAAUCAGACUUGAAUAAUAUGGGAUUUAUGUGCUUUAAGAUAUGAAUGGGAUUUAUUGUUGCUUUAAGAUAUGAAUGGGAUUUAUGUGCAAGUGCUAAUAGCAUUUUCAUUGUUGGUGGAA